AUGUUGCCCGACCUAGACGAAGAGGAAUAUGCAAAAACGAGAACAAUGCAUAAGACAUUCGUACAGAAUUCUGAGAAAGUGAUGGCAAUGGCUGAGGAAUGGAUACAGGACUCUGAGAAAAUGUGGACAACAUGGGAUGAGGAAAGACAGGAAUUAAAUAUGGGAGAGUUUCUCAAGGCCGAACAAUUUCUUUCCAGACUAUCGCAAAAGGAAAGGAAGGAUUUUGGGAUGAAGUUGUGGCCGUGGAUCGCAGAGUCUCGAAAUAGGAAUGCCCACAGACUUGAUCUGCCAAUAUCAAUCAAGCAAGUCACAAAGUGUAAGGACUUGAACUUUGUUCUGAUUUUCGAAGCUCUAUUUGGCAUUUCUCAGGACGAAGUUCAAGUUUUGUUGAAAAUGGACGAACGAUGUGGUGGGAUAUUCCGAGUGAAGAGUAUCGUGGAAUACCAUGGAACGCUUUAUGCUAGGCAAAUGCUCCAAAGAUUUCUCCCACUAUUCAAACAAUGGCUGGAAGGAAUUCGAAAAGUUCUAAAUCAAAUUGAUGAUAGGACAGAAUUAACCACCUGUCGAGGACACGCUACACUGAAAGCAUCGGCGUUGACUUCAACAAUUGAUGAUAAACUUCUUCAAGCAGUCAAAAGAGUCGGUCAGAGUUGCGAAGAAAGCUACAUAGAAGAUAACUUUCAACCAGCCGAAAGUAACCACAGCGAAACAAUCGCAGAAGAUUGGAGAGAAAGAGCAAUUUUGUCAAGGUUUGGAGCGAUACAGGCCAAGGCAAAACAGGACAGUGCGGAUGCGGAGACAUAUUCGAAGUAG